GUUAAGUCAGUCAACGGGGUGAGUCUAAGUGGUGAGGAGUGGAACUAAUUCUGGGUUGUACACCUUUCACCAUGGUUGACACGCGUAGUGGCAAGAGCACCACCCCUUACACCAAGGCUCAGGAAGAGCAGGUCGCCGCCGUCCUUAGAGAGAGAAAAAAGAAGCAGGCCAACAAGGAGUUGAUUAAGGAGGCCAAGAAGCUGGUUGUGCAGGAGGAGCAGGCGGCGAAGAAGAAGAAGUUGGAAGAAGAAAUGGUGAGGUUAAAGGAGGAGGAAGAGAAGAUGAAAGAAGUAGAUGAGGAAGAAAUUGAGGAGGUAGAAGAGGAUGAACUGGAAGAGCCUUCGUUCAGGAGAGGAGCAGAGCAGAGGGCUGAGUCCAAUGGCACAAAGGAGGACUUGAGGAUGGAGAAAAAUAUUUAUGAGUGGGUAGCUAAUUUAUCUCUGGGAGAAGAGGAAGAGGUCAUGCUCCUUCGCAAGGCCCCUCGGUUCCAUGACCAGUGGACUUUCGACGUCAUGGAAACCCUAUGCGACCUUGUUCUCGGCACCUCCUACUCACAUCAGUUCGCCCAUUCUGGCCCCAAUUGGAUCCACAACGACCUCGUCCUCAACGUCAAGGAUGGAAAGCAAUAUCGCAUUCCGUUGUUGGGCAAAUCUGACUUUACACCCCUCUCUCCUGUCAAUGUCUCCAUUUUGACACCUACCCAGUUUCACCACAUUCUUCGUCAGCCUGAUGCCGAACUCUACAUUGUCGACAUCACGAAUCUCCCUGUCUGUAACUACAUGCAUAAGGACGCUGAGCUGGUCGAGCUCGACCCACCACCCCCCGAGCCUCCCGACCCUCCUGAUCCUUCAGCCUCCUCAUCCUCCUUCACCCCUGCUAACUCAUCUCACCUUGUUGCAUCCCUUACCACGGAGGCGCCAUCGGUACCUAUUCCCAUACCGACUCCUUCCACCCCUGCUUCCGAUGCUGCUGCUGCCGAGAAGUUUGACAACCUCCUAUCGUCUUUGCAACCUAGCGUUGUGGCCCUCCUUCGCGAGUAUCGAGAUGUUUUCCCUCCAUAUGUCUCCUAUAGCAGCAUUCCUCCUAUGCGUGAUAUGGAGCACCGCAUCCGGCUCGAACCUAACUACCAUAUUCAGCAUCGCGCCCCAUAUCGCAUCUCGGUCCCCGAAACCCAGGAACUUAAACGCCAAAUUGACGAGCUGCUUCGUCAGGGCUUCAUUAAAACGAGUACGUCCCCAUGGAGUGCCCUUGUCCUCUUCGAUCGCAAGAAGGACGACACCCUCCGCCUCUGCCUCGACUACCACGGUCUCAAUGAGUAUACAGCAAGAAACAGUUAUCCUAUGUCCCGCGCGGAUGAUCUGUUCGAUUGCCUCUCCGGCCACCACUUUUUCACGAAGAUCGAUCUUCGUAGCGGAUAUCACCAGAUCUGCGUAGCCGAGGAGGACCAGCCUAAGACCGCUUUCCGUUCUCGUUUUGGGCACUACGAAUUUACCGUCAUGCCUUUCGGUCUCCGUAAUGCUCCAGCCACCUUCCAGGCGGCUAUGAACACGAUGUUCCAAGACGUUCUUGAGGACUCGGUUCUAGUCUAUAUUGACGACAUCCUGGUCUACAAUCGUACCUUAGAGGAGCAUCUGUUCCACCUUCGCACUGUCCUCCAGCGAUUACGCGACCAUGGGUUCUAUGCGAAGCUCUCCAAAUGCUGCUUCGCUCAAACCAAAGUCGACUUGCUGGGGCAUCAGGUCUCUGAGCACGGACUUUACAUGGACGACUCGAAGAUUCAGGCCAUUGUCGACUGGCCCACUCCUACCUCUCUUCCUGCGCUACGUAGUUUUCUUGGGUUGACCAACUACUAUGGUCAUUUUCUUAAAAACUAUGUGGUGUAUACCGCCCAGCUUACCCCUCUGACUCGUGGACGUCUACCCUUUCAUUGGACCCCGGCUCAUGAGGAUGCCUUCUGCUCCCUCAAGCGGCUUGUCACGUCAGCCCUCGUUUUACACCUCCCUGACUACUCUCGUCCAUUCAUUGUCACUACAGACACUUCAGACUUUGCGAUUGGAGCUGUCUUAUCUCAGAUUUACUCAGCCCCUUCUACUCCACUUGAUUCCACGGAGUCUCGACUCCCGCGCAUUCGCCGAUUCCCUCCUCCACCUCUAGUGACUGCGGCUCACCUCGCAACCAUUGAGCCUACCCCUACAGGAGCCCCCCCGCCAUAUAUUCCUGACGUCGUCGAUGACGGUACAGUUGAGUCUCGAGAUGGAGAGUGUCCAGUUGCUUAUCUCUCUCGACAGCUACUUCCCACGGAGCGUAACUAUACUAUUGAAGAGCGUGAGAUGGGGCUUGAAGACAUCAUAAAACCGAUCAUAACACCGGCCAUAAAACCUCAGGCCGGAGGCACAUGCUUGGGCAUGGAAGAUCGUCGGAACAACCCAAAGAGGGUCGUUCUCCUGUUGGGCAGCAGAGGUUCCGGCAAAACCACUGUUGCGAAUCUCAUCCUGCAGAACCUGUGGGAUUCACCCAGCCAGUACCAAGUGGCAGAUGAAGAAGCCAAGGAUGCUGUAACAGUACGGAGACACAGGGAUUGGGUUGUGCUGGAUACUAUCGGCAUUGAAGGGGGAAACGUUGGUGCAACAUCAUCGUCGCAGCAGGACCACUUGCAGCCAUCGUCGGCAGCGAGGAUCAAGAGCUAUCUCAGGGAAAAUCCGCUGUCGUUGACACACAUUUGUCUUGUGCUGUGGUGCCACGAGUCAAAGGUGUUUCCCUCAAAUAGUGACAUACAGGUGGCAUCCACAGCGAUGAUGAUGAUGAAGGGUGUUGAGAAAAACUUCGUUGUGAUCGUGAAUGGGGCCAGAGAAGACUGGUUGUUCAUGCAAGAGAUGUCGUUGGCAGAUCGUCUUAGAUGGAGAGGGGUUCCGAUGUUUGCCGUGCCUGACAUUCAACAGUCCACCAAGAGGAUGCCAGUCAACAGUCGAGGCAAGUGUCCUGACAGUCAAGGUGAGACCCUCCACAGUCACAGUGAUGGCUCUUCCAACUUGCCACACACUAAGCAAGUGUGGCGUGAUGUCUCCUUCAAAUUGAGGGGCUUCCUUGAAGGACUUCGUUUUGAGGCCCGUUGGCCAAUCUUAUGCAAGAAGGCAGUGGUCGUGCUGUUCGGACCGGCUGGGGUCGGGAAGUCCACGAUUGCCAACAUGCUCAUACAAGGUGAUUGUAGAAAUGGGAUUCAUGAAAAUGUCUUCCAUGUGGAGGACGGUCCUCGUCCGGGAACACUGCGUGUGCAGAAAGGGGAGACUCACAGGUGGAUUGUGUACGACACCGUUGGUCUGGGAGGCUUCACCAAACAGCUAGGAGAAACACUGCACGGAGAUGCCACUGCACUGUCGCCAGCCAUGCUUGGCGUUGAAAUCCUCAGUUACCUCACCUCCAUGAAAACAUCCAUUGAUUACUUUUGUUUUGUGGUCAGGGCAGGCAGAAUUAAUGAACUUGAUAAGAGCUGUGCCAAGCUCUUUAAGUAUUUUUUUGAGACAUUAGAGACAAACUUUGUGGUAAUUGCAACAAGCACCACCUCCUCCACAUGGAUUGCCGAGUAUGGAAAUGAUGUUCUCCGUGAUUUGGAAUUGUCUGGCAUUCCAAUUGUGGGGGUAGACUUCCCACGCUCGAAUCCCAGUUUUGGAGAUGUGGAAAUGGCACGAAGAAACCUGAGUAUACGACUCAGAAAUCGGGAGGUGCUGAUCAAUUUUCUCGAACAAUUGCCCUAUCAUCCCCGACAACCCCGAAUUCAAAGCAUUCCCCAGGCGUCCAGGGAAGAAGCAGAGCACGCUGCCGGUAUACUGAGGAGAUAUGGGAUUCACGUGAGCUUCUUUAUGAUAUGGACCAUAAUUGCAUACAGAUGUUGGUGACUGAUUGUGGUGAUUCACGCAAAUAGACCUCACUGGCCUUUCUCCAUGGCAUUUACUCG